ACCCCUCCUACGCUAUCCGUCGCCAUGGCCAGCUCACUCCCCUCCGUCGACUUUAGUCGGAUGGGCAGUGUAGGAUUAGGAGGGUCAUUCGCAGGACUCGACUUUUGGUCCGAUGCUUCUCCCUUUGCUCUCAAUGCUUCAGCGCACUCCUUUUCGACCACUGCUGAUACACUUUUCAUGCGAGAGGCAGAUGGUUCUUAUCAUGUCUUGGGCAGUACAAACGCUGGUGGAAGCAUAUCCUCCGUCUGUUUGAUCAACUCCACCAACACUUUGUACCUCGCCGGUACUUUUACAUCGGUGGAGAGUGUCUCAGCGACCAACAUUGCCUCCUAUUCCUUCACCUCGAAUUCCUUUUCCGCCCUUUCAGACGGUCUCGAUGGACCCGUCAACACGUUGUUCUGUGACUCGGCGCAGUCGCAGGUCUGGGCCGGGGGUGACUUUACCGAUCAUGUCGCUCUCUGGUCCACCUCGUCGUCCGCUUGGUCGACCGUGCCAUUCACUUCGCUCAACGGACCCGUCAAUGCCAUCUCGGCAAGUAGUAACGGGUCACUCUAUUUUGGAGGCAACUUCACCACAUCCUUUGCCUCCAACACUUCCAACAAUGCCACCCUCGGCAACAUCACUUCUAUCCCAGCCGCACCAUCUAGCGUCUUGACUGUGGGACACUCGGGUUACCUCACGCCGCUCACUUAUCCCUUCACCGGGUAUAUCGACCCGUACAAUCAAAUCAGUGUGACGGCUGCUCCCACGACGACGCAGCAUUUAUAUUCCGAUCCGUACGUGCUGUUAUGCCCAGGCGAGGCCAUUUGGCUUGCAGCGGACAAUUCACAGGCUGAGGUGGAUGUGGUCGGAUACAACUAUCUGAGGGCGACGGGGGCGAGAUUGGUUAACGGGCUGGUGGAGGGAAGAGGAACAACUGUCUUUUCGAUCAAUGCCGCGCCCGACGACACGGUCAUCGAGCUCACCUAUCAAGAUGCUUCAGGCAACAAUCAGACAUGUACGGAUAACUGCCCUCUGUCUACCGAUCCCAGCGUGUCAGCGCAGGACUUUGCAUUCACCAGCGGCGCAUUAAGUCUAACAGGGCUCAAAAUUCAUCUUAAACAAUGGCAGGGACAAGGCGCCGGUUUGAGCAGUGUCCAACUGCUGUCAGAUGGCGCCUUUGGAUCCGCCGUGACCAACACCAACAAGCCAUUGUGUCCCGGCCCCAGCAACUCGUCUUCGGCUCAGCACACUGGAAAUUGGACCACUCAGGUGUACAGAGAGUCGGCACCAGCCAUUGACGUCUACUACGUGACGACGUCUGUGCCGACGGGUUCAACCACCCGACCGUCUGUAACGUUUUACCCCUUUGUCGGGGCCGCCGCGUUCUACGACAUUUACAUGGUUAUUCCCGGGUGCACAGCGCUAGGCGACUGCGAUGGCAGGACAACCGUGGAGAUACAGGUCUUGCCGGUCGAGGGCGGCCUCACUUACACGACUACCAUCUCCGAGGCAGUCGAGCAGGACACGUUUACGCUCAUUUACACCGGGCCUGUGGACAUGACCAGCAGCUCGUUCAGUCCGACCAUUACGCUGUCAUUGGCGGCCGAUCCCGCGCCGGUGCAGGGCGAUAACUACAUACUAGUUGCCGAAGCGGUCGACCUGUAUCUUACCAAUAUUAGCAAUGGGACAUCGAGGGCAGCAGGUCAGGCUGUCAACGGGACCAAGGGCAUGACCAACACAACGGUGUCCGUGUCCUUCGGCGUCUACGAGUAUGUUUCAGCAGUCAACGCGGCGAGCGUCAUGCCAAACACCUCCGAGACAUCGGUCUCGCGCCUCGGGUUUGCCCUUGACAUGGCCCUGAACAUGUCGAGCGAGUCAAACGAAUUUGCCAUCAACACGAUCGUCCAGAGUGGCAAUUUGGUCUAUAUCGGUGGCAACUUUACGGUCGGCGGUAAUUACAGCAAUGUCGUCGCUGUCGAUGGAACCAAAUCGUAUGCGUUAGCGGAUCAAGGUCUCAACGGGGUCGUCUACGCAGCAGCCGUCAUGGGGAAUGAUAUUUACUUUGGAGGAAAUUUCUCCGCUACAGCGACUGGCGGCACGCCUUUGCAAGGUCUGGCCAAGUGGGAUACUGACUCUCAGAGCUGGUCGUCGGUCGGAGGAGUCAACGGUCCUGUCACCGACUUGGUUGUCUCUGGGUCCAACCUCGUCGUUCUCGGCAACUUCACAGCAGUCAAUAGUUCGGGUAACAGCGUGACCACAGGGGGCCUGGCGGUAUGGGAGACGAACCAAUCUCAGUGGAACACGUCGGGGGUGAUUUUUGGAAAUGUUUCGACCGCAGUCGCUAGUGGCGAGAACACAGUGCUAGCGGGAAGAGUCUCUGGAUCCUCGGCCAACGCCGUCAAUGGAAUCGCAAUGCUGUCGACAGGAUCCAAUGGGCCUACCAUUUCUUCCCUCGCCAAUGUCAAUUUCGCUUCGACCGGGACGUUGAGUAAGGCCAGCCCGGCAAAGCGAUCCACUGCCCACAUCUCCACAUCGUUCUUCACCCGUUUUGCCGAUCCCUUUGCGAUCCGUCGAAGGCUCCAUGAGAGAGCCGAUGCGCCAAGUAUUCCGAUCACGACGGCAGCGGCGCCUGCCAUCCUCGCCGGUGCUUUUUGGUCCAACGCUAGCGAGCUGGUGACCAUCAUCGGGGGGAACUUUUCCGCUGGAUCGGUUUCUGGUGUCGGAUUUUAUGCCGAUUCCCAGUUGACUGGACCAUCGCCAUCUGUCAGUGGCCUCGUCAAGGCGCUCAAUGUGAUCGGAACGGAUCUCUACAUCGGCGGCACUGACGUCAAUGUCACUGGAGUGGGGUCAAACCUCGUCGUGUAUAGUCUGUCGGAUCAAAAAUGGCAUACUGGUGGCAUGUCGCAACUCUCUGGCUCUGGAACCGUCUCGGUCAACGCAAUUCGCACACGAAUGGAUACAAAUACGGUGGUCGUGGCGGGAUCGUUCACCAACGCUGGAUCUCUCGGAUGCAGUGCGGUUUGCCUCUGGGACGCUCAGCAGGCACAAUGGUCGACACCGGGUCAAGGUCUGCAGAGUGGGGAAGUGAGGGCCAUUGACUUUGCUGGUGAAAAGUUUGACUCGGUCAUCAUUGCGGGUUCAUUUGUCCUGCCCUCGGGUGACGUGUCGUUUGUUGCCAGCUACUCGUUCGAUAAUUCGACUUGGACGGGUCUUGGAACAUUGCCUGGGCCCGCGUUGGCUGUCGCCGUGGACGACAAGAAUGCCAGUAAUAUUUUCGCCGCAGGCUUCGGCUCUGACAACGAGCCAUAUCUUCAACAAUGGAAUGGCGAGUCGUGGGCCCAGCAAAACUCGUCCCUGCUUCCCGGGUCGAUCGUCUCUCAGCUGGCGUUCGUCCCGCUGUCAAAAGAGUAUGCCACCUCGGGGGGAAUCGAAAACGAUCGCAUGCUAAUGGUCUCUGGCGACUUGGUCAUUGACAACCAGGGCAAUGUCACAUCAGCAUUAUACGAUGGAUCAACAAUGAUACCGUAUCUCGUCGGGACAACUUCAGCGGGGACACUGGGUACUGCUUCGACGCUCUUUUGGUCCUCUCCCUCGUUCUCCUUCUCCGUGCAACACUUUUUGGCCACGGGUUUGGUGGUCCUCGUUGCCAUUGCCAUGGCCACGGGAUUCAUCCUCUUGUUUAUUCUCCUCUUCUUCCUCUUUGCCUGCCUCAAACGUCGACGCGAGCGUAAUCGACCGCCGCCAAAGGAAAUGUUUGAAAAGGACAGGGACAGUGACGUAUCGUCAACUCAUCAACACGUGUUUGACAAUGUGCAGGCGGCAUUAGAGCAGUCGCUUGCGCCCAGUGGCCCAGUCGUCAUUGACAGGGAGCGGCGGGAAUCCGAUGCAUCCAGCUACGCCGACGAGGACGAGGGACGCGAGACGACCAUGCGAUACGAUUUCGAGGGCCCAGAACUUCAACCUGGGGAGAUGAGUAUGAAGGCGGGACAGAGGGUGAUUAUAUUGGAUGAUGUUCAAAGUCACGAGUGGUGGUAUGCGAGGGAUCCAGCGAGUGGGAGAGAGGGUGUGGUUCCGGCUACUUAUGGUGAGUCCAGACGGGGCAGAAAUCGGCUGACGUUUAGUUUGGUAAUGUGUAUCAUGAUAAUGUCAUCAUCUAAUAGGUUUUUGCCUGUGACGUGCGCCAGCUCUGACACGGUAGUGUUCACUCCGGGUCUCUCGACCCAGCAGCUCUUUCGUGUGUCUAUGAUCUUGUCGAGCGAGGCCUAGAGCGAUCGUCUCAGGGAGGGCGUUGUGUGCUUUCCUCGCGACUCGUCAAAGGCGGUGAAUGGGGGCAGAUGAAAGCUGACAAAAAUCUAGAAGCAAAGAGGAAACAGUCUUUGUGACAGUCUGGCGUAUCGUCUGCUGUUUCAGGUCGAUCGACUUUUCAAGCUUUCAGCGAGGUAUCCUGAGCGAUGUGGACCACCCCUUCGCAUUGCGAGGCCGUGAGAUGAGACGGCAGCGUAUCCUUGUCGCAAA